AUAUGAGGCAGAGUCGAUCCUCAAAGCAAGAGACUGAUCAGUUGAUGGAAAUAGAUGACCUUAGUAAGCUCAAAGAGGAACCUCAUCAUCUAUCUGGUGCUUAUAUCCGUAGCCUAGUGAAACAACUCACCUCUUCAAGAACCAAAGACACCAUGAACUCCAAAGACCUCCUUGACUGUGGCACCAAAUUCAGGGAAGGAUUUAGUGAAACCCAAAUUACACAGCAACCCCAACAACCUCAACAGCACAAAAAACAAGUAAGGAGGAGACUCCACACCAGUAGACCUUACCAAGAAAGGCUCUUAAACAUGGCUGAGGCUAGGAAGGAGAUUGUCACUGCUCUGAAGUUUCAUAGAGCGGCUAUGAAACAAGCCAGUGAACAACAGCAACAACAUCAGGAACAAGAACAACAGCCGCAAUCGCAAGAAAUGCUGCCUCAACCCCACCCCUGUUCGGAGCCAGAGGGAAGGAUUAAAUCUAGGAGAAAUCCUAGAAUUUACCCAUCAAAUUCAACCAAUUAUCUCGAAACUCUGCCUUAUUCAUCCAAUUUUUCUCAUCAAUAUCCCUCUGUUCCUAAUCAAUUUUUCUGGAGUUCUGCUUCCAGAAUUCCUCCUCCACCUCUUUAUGAAAACUUCGAUUUCACAGCUCUUCCAAGCCAGACCCUCGGCCUCAAUCUCAAUUUUCAAGAUUUCAACAAUAUAAGCACUACCCUUUACCACAACAGCAACAGCCCCCCAGUUUACUCAACUUCAGGGUCAGUCUCAUUCUCAGCCUCAGCCUCAUCUCCAUCAUCAUCUUCUUCCCCAAGUCUUUCUAUUGCCACUGAUCAUGAACUUCCUGGUUCAUCAGCCGGAAUAUCACACAUGGAAAUGGAGGCCCCUGCAGUAGCUGAUGCUGAAGACUCUGGUAUCACCACUAGCGGUGGAGAUGGAUUGCAUGCAGCAAUGGAUGAUGAGGAGAUGGCGGAGAUCAGAUCAAUUGGAGAGCAGCAUCAGAUGGAAUGGAAUGACACCAUGAAUUUGGUAACUUCAGCAUGGUGGUUCAAGUUUUUGAAGGCUGAAGAUGAUGAUGGAUACAACCUUCCAUUUGAUGAAGUCCUGGAGUUUCCAGCCUGGUCGAGUGCAAAUGAGGGCAGCUUUCAACAACAUUUGAAUGAUUACUACUCAGCAGACUAUUUUCAAGAUCCUGCCUUGCCUUGCAUGGACAUUGGAGAAUUUGAAGGUUUCGAUGGUGAAUGGCUAGCUUGAGAAUGACAAGGAUUGAUGUUUUUUAGUUAAUCAAAUCUUUGGAUCUUUUUUUUUCUUUUUAAUUCUUUAAAUACUUUUUAUUAUUUCCUUCUAGUUUCCUUUCGUGUGGAGGAUACAAUAAAAGGCUUUGCAAUAUAUAUUAAACUAGGCAAGAGCCGAGGCCAUAGAGGAAAUAAUGAAGGAAAAGAAGAGAGGAGAGUGUCUGCCUUUUGUUUUUUGCAGCUUGAUAUUAUAUAUUGAAUAUUUGAUGGAGUUAUGUAAAUCUCAAUCUUUCCGGGAUGUGCUCUUCCUCUACGUUUGAUUUCCGCCAACUACCUAUAAAAUUAUAAAUUGCAACAAAGAAAACAGGGCAUAUAAAUGUCUCUGUAUUUUCAAUAAUGAAAUCAGGAA